AUGGAAAAGUCCGUUCCCCCAGAGACAUCGGGCUCUUCUCCCGCCCACCCACCUACGAAGGAGCAACGCGAUCCCGACCUCGACAUCGCCCUGCCCUACCGCACUCUCACCUCCAACGCCAACCUCGCCGAGUACACGACAACGGAUCCCAGGGGCGAAAUCCCCGGGCCCCCCGUCCCCGCCAGCAGCAGCAGCAGCAGUGGCGGCACCGCCGUCCAGGAACAGUACAAACUCGUCACCUUCCGACCCAAUGAUCCGGAGAACCCCCGCAACUGGAGCAAGGUGUUCCGUUGGUACUGCACGCUUGUCGUGGCCUUGACGUGCUUUGUCGUCGCUUUAUGCUCGAGUAUCAUCACGGCCGACAUUGCGGGCGUCGCGCGAGAAUUUGACGUCAGCCAGGAGGUGGCGCUGGUGACCGUCUCGGUGUUUGUCGUCGGCUUUGGCAUUGGGCCCAUGGCUUUUGCACCCCUUUCCGAGGUUUUCGGCCGUAGGAUCAUAUAUGGCUCGACCUUGCUCUUGGCUGUUAUUUUCAUUAUUCCUUGCGCCGUUGCGAACAACAUCGGCACCCUCAUUGUUUGUCGUGCCAUUGACGGCAUUGCCUUUUCGGCACCCAUGACGCUCGUCGGCGGCACUCUUGCCGAUCUCUGGAGCAAUGAGGAGCGCGGCGUGCCCAUGGCUGCCUUUUCUGCGGCCCCAUUCAUCGGCCCUGCCAUCGGCCCCCUCGCUGGCGGCUUCCUCUCCGAUGCACUCGGCUGGCGCUGGCUCUACUGGCUCCAGCUGAUCCUCGCCUUUGUCGUCUGGGUCCUCAUCACCUUCACCGUCCCCGAGACGUACACGCCGACCAUCCUGGCGCGCCGCGCCGCCAAGCUCCGCGCCGAGACGUCAGACCCGACGCACGUGACGGAACAGGACAUUGACCCCCGGCCGCUGACAGCGCGUCUCGGCGUCUUCCUCGUGCGGCCGUUCCAGCUCCUCUUCGGCGAGCUCAUCGUCUUCCUCAUCAGCGUCUACAUGUCGGUCCUCUACGGGCUGCUCUACAUGUUCUUCGUCGCCUACCCCAUCGUCUACCAGAAGGGCAAGGGCUGGUCGGCCGGCUCGACAGGGCUCAUGUUCCUCCCCAUAGCCAUCGGCGUCCUCUGCUCGGCGGCCUGCGCGCCCGCCGUCAACAGGCACUACCUCCGGCUGGCGGCGCGGCACCACGGCCGGCCGCCCGCCGAGGCGCGCCUCGUGCCCAUGAUGGCGAGCUGCUGGUGCAUCCCGGCGGGGCUGCUCCUCUUCGCGUGGACGAGCUACCCCGGCGUGCACUGGAUCGGCCCGGCGCUCGGCGGCUUCCCCGUCGGCUUCGGCUUCAUCUUCCUCUACAACGCCGCCAACAACUACCUCGUCGACAGCUACCAGCACCAGGCGGCGUCGGCGCUCGCCGCCAAGACGUGCAUCCGCUCCUUCUGGGGCGCCGCCGUCGUCCUCUUCACCGAGCAGAUGUACGGCCGCCUCGGCGACCAGUGGGCCUCGACCCUGCUGGCCGCCAUCGGCCUGCUGUGCUGCGGCAUCCCGUUCCUGUUCUGGCGGUACGGCGCCCGCAUCCGGGCGCGCAGCCGCUUUGCGUAUUCGGGCGACGACGAGGAGACGGGGGCCGACGACGGGGCCGGGAAGCGGCGUGCUGCGCAGGAUGACCCGCUGCGCACGGAGGAGCAGGAUGACGAUCUGAGGAGGGCGCGGAGCUACGUGAGCAACCCUUAG